AGGGUGAGGAAGUGGAGAGUAAGAGAGAUGAUGAAGUUGAAGAUGUCUGCAAUGCUAGCAAUGAUUUGGACAGUUGUAUGAACACUAUGAAGAGACCUGGAAAAGAAUUUUUUGAAGUUGGCUGUAAUAGAGAAAAUAAUCAGUUGGACUAUGGUGAGAGAAAUGGAAAGGGAUGCAGAAAAGCAAUUGUUGAGGAAGACCAUAACAGAAAAAAUGAGUUGGAGAAUGAUGUGAGCAAUAGGAGGAAGACACCUAGAAAAGAAAUUGCUCGGGGAUCCUCUGGGAUUGUAGGUGUUCGAGAAGAGUCUUUUAGAGAUGUCCAAAUAGCUUGCUCAGCAAAGGGAGAAGUGAAUAUUUCAUUAAACUGUAGGUCUGCUGUUUUCGAUGGCAAAACAUUCUGCAUGCCAAGCAUAGAGGAAGUAUGUAAACUGGUGGAGGGUCGACGACUUGCUUUGGCCAAGAGAAUUAAGCCAGACUUAUCGUUUAUGAGUCUUCUGACAGAAAUGUGCGAGUGUGCGCUGGAAUUGGGUUCUAAACCUGAGGGAGGAAACAAAUGGGAGCAGCUUGGGAUGGUCCCAGAACAGAAGAUAGCUCCUAAACGGGAAGACAAUCUUCGCUUAAAGCCGAGAGUUGGUGAGAGAAAUGGAAAUGGUCAGAGCAAGAAGAAAUUAAAACGGUCAGUUCCAGAGCCAGCUAGUACUAAUUCAAACAGUUUGAGUGGUGGUUCAGCAGCAACAAAUUGAUGGCUUGGAUG